AUGGCGAACCGUACGGACCCGACGGCGAAGAGUAUCCAUGGGACAAACCCGCAGAAUUUGGUGGAGAAGAUCCUCCGCUCGAAGAUUUACCAGCAUACGUACUGGAAGGAGCAGUGCUUCGGGCUCACGGCGGAGACCCUCGUCGACAAGGCCAUGGAGCUCGACCACCUCGGUGGCACCUACGGCGGCAACCGGAAGCCAACCCCGUUUAUGUGUCUAGUCUUGAAGAUGCUCCAGAUCCAGCCCGAGAAGGACAUCGUCGUCGAGUUUAUCAAGAACGAGGACUACAAGUAAGCCCCUGCUUGUGUGGCCUGAAUCGAGUUUGUUCUUCAUCAGCGUAUCUCAUUGUUUUUGCUCUCUGUUUCUCCCUCUUGUUCUGUGUAGAUACGUCCGUAUCCUCGGUGCGUUCUACCUGCGCCUGACAGGGACGGUGACGGACGUGUACCAAUACCUCGAACCUCUUUACAAUGACUACCGUAAGCUGAGGCGCAAAUUGACGGACGGGCGUAAGCCUCUGCCUUCUCAGCUCAUCUAAUUUUUUGUCUACCUCGCUCAGUGCUGCUUUAAUCUCUUCAUCUUUCAGAGUUUGCGUUGACUCAUGUGGACGAAGUAAUCGACGAGCUUCUGACCAAGGAUUAUUCCUGUGACAUUGCCCUUCCACGCGUCCAGAAAAGGUGGAUUCCACCGGAACUUCCUGCUUGGUUUUUGGCAAUUUUCCUUUGUAUCCAGUAUUUUUGCCUCUCGUACUUUUUGUCGCAAGAAUAAGAGUUGCCAUUAACAAGGGUGGAUCAUAAAGGAGAAGGUUACUGUGCAUUUCUCCGCAAACCAUAACCGCGAACACUAAGUUUUUUUAGGAUGCACUGGCUUGAGAGUUUCUCAGGUAUUUCAUUCAUGCCUAGAAAUUAGAUACCCAUGUAUAUGAGAAAUACAGUUACAUUAACGUAGUUAAAGUCUUUAUGAUAAAUAUCUACCAUAUUUUCCCAUAUGAUUAUUAUCAUAUAAUAAGAUCUGCAGACAUCCUUGCUUAAUAGAGUCCGAAAAUUCGUCAUCUCAUUUGGUGAUUAACGUUGUGGCCAGUGAAUAGUUUGUUACAUGUCUUACAUGGGCUCCGAUUAAUGUCAUGUCCGAUAAUCUCUGUGUGAUAUUCUGCACUGUGGUCUCGUGGCUGUAUUUUGAGGACUUAUCUUUUGCCAUCAGCUCUCUUUGUUUCACCUUUUAUCUCAUGGUUGCUCUACUUUUUGGUUGUCUCUUCAGAUGAACUUUUUUCUUGUUGAUCUGAAACUUAAAAAUGGGUAUCUUCUUGUGGACAGACUGACUCUCGAAGCCACUGGCAUUUUAGAUCCUAGAAGAAGUGCUUUGGAAGAUGACUUCGAAGAGGAAGAAGAAAAAGAAGAGGAUGAGCCCCCUUCUUUGGAACCUGAGAAGGUUUUCCCUCUACUCAAUAGAUAUUAUCUAAGCCGUCCUGUUACCCUGCAACGAUUGCUUGCUGAUGUAACCGGCUUACUUGUUAUCGAUAGGAUUACCACCGUGGACGGAGUCCUGCAAGGGAUAGAGACAGGGACAGAGACAGGGACAGAGAUAGAGACAGGGACAGGGAUAGAGAAAGAGACAGAGAUAGAAAGCGUGACAGUUAUAAGCAAUACAGGUAUGAUGUUUCUCUCGUACCAAGAUUACAUAUUAUGCUGUAUCUUUGGAAUAUCCUGCCUUCUACAGUGCUUUUUUGUUUUUUUUUUGAAAUUGCUUUUUGUCGGUCCCUUUAUGCAUAUCCUCAAUAGGUUUUAUAAUCUACUUUGAAUGGCGAUGUUAGUUGUGGCAUCAUCUUACUCAGUCACAUUAGUUCUAUGAACAAUAACUUAUUCUUUUAUUUUUGGGUCUCUUCAGUAUUAUUUUAGGCUCUUCUCAUGAAGGAUUUCUCGUUACAUUAUAUCUACAGUGGCAUCAUAGAAUUUUUAUACAUCAAGUGAAAGGCGGAUGAAUUUUUUUGUAUUUUGGAUUUCGCAUUCCUUGGAAACUUGCGAUCAUUUCUUGUCGUAUCUCCUUGAAAAGGUAUCACUCGUACCAUUGUUUCUUGCAUUGACAAUUGUAAAGAAAGUUCGUGUAUGCCUUGAUUCAUUUUCCUUCAAACUGAGUUAAAAUUGACACAUUAUUUGUUAAUUUUGAAAAAAAAAAAAUAACAGUAUUUUACCCAAAUAGUAAGAAAAUCGGGAUUCAAACCUCAGCCAAUUUUUCCUGUAGUGCGAAUUGCGGAAUGAGAAACUUCUGUUGGGAUGGGAUACAUACAACCUUCACUCCAUGAUAGCUUUUAUGGCUGUAGUUCAAUAAUUUACCGAUAAAUGCUUGCUACAGUUGUUGUAGAUGUCCUGGUUUUUCUGUGCUGAUCGUUAAAGCGAGAACUAUGAUGGGCGACUCGAUUAUUUCCGUUUGGCACUAGAUUUUUUAAGGUGAACGAUAUCAGCACUCUGAUGGCUUCACCAUGGGAGAUGUAAAAAACACGUUCCUUUCAUUAUAGCAUUGUGCUUUUGGGUUCCAUAUGGAUGUCUAGUUUAUAAAUGCAUCUUAGUCAUUCCAUUAAUGAAGGAAGAACUACCGGAUUGGAAGCUUACGUCAAGGUACACCUUGAUUGCAUCAUUGAUUUUACUGCUAUGGCUUUAUUAUCUCAAGUGCCUAUGCUAGAAAUGAAUGCUUCCUAUAAUAACUCCAGAUGACCCUGCCAGGUUUCUCUGCACUGACAGUGUGCAGUGAGAAGUAUGAUGGGUCACACAUUUCUACAGUACCUGAAUAACGUGCAGUUUGCUAUUGCUUUUAAUAAAAACUUCUUCGUUUUAUCCCGUUGGUACUUUGGUAUCCAUGUGCAUAUAAACUUCAUAAGAUCUUGUCAGCCGCAGUACUAUUCAUGACUUGACAUUCAUUUGUAGCUCGCCCUUUUAAUCAAUGAUACCAUACUCGGACCGUAACCCAUGUUUUUUGAAUCAUUUAUCUAUGGUCAAGGAAAGCAUAGGCCAUCCAUAUGGGAACAUCUUCUGAAAGUUCCUGUCUAAUCAUUUUCGUGAACGGCUUUCCAAUCGAUUUAUUUCAUCGUCACACUGUUUAAUGCGCGUCUGUUCCACGGCAUGAAUGUGUUUGUGACCAUUGUGGUGAACUAAAGAUUACCUAACAGCAUCAAUAUUUUUUACUGGAUGCUUUACGAAUUGUUUCGCGUUUGUAAUUUUUGGAGCUAUGAACAAAGAUGCCGCACCUACUUGAUACUAAUGAAUGGAUAUUGCAGAAAGAAAAUGCUUCAUUCAUUUGUCUUGUGGCAUGUGCUCACGUGUCUUGUAUGUUCUUUAGUCUUUUGAGAUCCUCAUUUUCAAUUUCUCCUCCUCACAUAUAGUUCCAAGUUGUACCUGUGUAAUAUGAAUGAAGAGAGAGGAGAGGGACUGCAGACAGUAGAUGGAGGCAGAUGAAGAACAAGUGGGUAGGGAGAAAAUAAACGCAGCAGGGUGAAAGGGAGCGGGGAGACAGAUGGAAAGAGAUGGAGGGGACAGACAGACUCGUAUGAAUGAGGUGGGAUGAACCAGAAAGAGAGAGAGAGAGAGAGAGAGAGAGAGAGAGAGAGAGAGAGAGAGAAGAUGAGGAAUUCAUUGUACGAGAUGAUCCCCAUCCUUUAAAAACUAGAACCAAGACCCUUAGUUUAUUCCAAAGCUGCUGUGGAUAUCAUUUGCGAACUGCUUGAUGCAUUUCCUUUGACAAUAUUAGACCGUCGUUCGAGUGAUAUCUUAUUAAGAAAGACUCUUGCUUUUCACAGGGACAGGGACAGAGACAGGGACAGAGACAGAGACAGAGACUACGAUCGAGAGCGCACUCGGGGCCGUGACCGAGACCGGGAUCGGGACCGGGAGAGGGACCGUCACCAUCUGCGAGACGAGGACCACGGGCGCGAUCGAGAACGAGAUGGUAGAGAUAGAGAGCGGGAAAGGGAGAGGAGAGAGAGGGAUCGUGGAAGGCACAGGAGUCGCUCAAGGAGCAGGGAGCGGCGAGACCGCGACCGAGAUGGAGGGGAUCACCGCAAGAGGCACGCUCGCUCCACGAGCCCCCGCAGGCGCCAGGAGGAGACUCGCAGUGAGCCCAAGAAAAAGAAGGAAAAGAAAGAGAAGAAGAGCGACGGGACGGACCACCCGGACCCGGAGAUUGCCGAGGCCAACAGACUCAGAGCUUCUCUUGGGUUGGCUCCGCUCAGGCUCUGA